GUGUAACUGAUCUGAGGGAUGUAUUGUGUCUCAGCUAUGGAUUGGUCAAAUCUGUCCGCAUAGGACGGCAGUACUUCCAAGAGGAUAAAAGCAGUACCAUUAGGUGGCAAAACUCAUAGACAACUCUUGCUGAAAGUUAACUGGAACCUCACCAAGCUUUUUCCCAACAAGAUGUCUGAUCUGGAGAAUGCCCUGGUGACAAUUAUUGAAACAUUUCACAAGUACAGUGGCAACGAUGGAGAUAAGCUAAAGCUGAAGAAGGCAGAUCUGAAGAAUCUCAUCAACAACGAGCUCAGCAACUUCAUUGAGGACCUCAAAGACCCAGAGACCCUGGACAAGCUGGUGGAAAGUCUCGACACUGAUGGUGACACGGAGUGUGACUUUCAAGAGUUUGUCGCGUUCAUCAGCAUGGUAACCACAGCGUGCCACGGGUUCUUUGUGCAGAAGGACGAGUAGGGAGAGCACAUGGUGGAGACAGUGAGGCUGGAAGGAGACCAUGAGGCAAGAUGCUGUUGGCAUGGACACUGCAGAAGUAACAAGCAGGUCCUGGCAGGCAUGCCCCUUGCAAACUAACCUUGAGUAACGUGAACGCUCCUUGUCCUGCUUAAUGCAUAGGGCUUCAAUUACAGAUACUGAGGGCAACAGGAGCCCUGGCAGCAAUGAAACAACUGAUGGAAAUCACCUAAUGUUCAACCAGGGCAAGGGUUAGAAAUCUCUCCUAACACACCUGAAUGGUUACGCUAGAAAUUGUAUUUGUACUAAUUCACAAAUAAAAUCUCAUGUGUAAAUUAAUUACG